GAGAACUGUUAAACGUGACACAAAUGAACUAAAGAGGUAAACCAACAACCACAAAAACUCAAUCACAGAUCAAGGACCAUGGAUCUCAUUUGAUUGCAAGCUUCAGAAUUCAGACCCAAAACACAUAAAAGGUGGCUCACAAAAAUGACUGUAGUGACAUCCCUGACCAAAUAAAAAAUGUACGUUUUUUGUUUUUGGCAAAAUGACACUUUAUACUUCUCUUAAGGAAAACCCAGCAAGCUACGCCUUCAAACUAAAGAUGUACAGUUGUCUACAGAAAACUAUACGUUUAUUAAAAUGAAGAGAUGACUAUACUUUCAAAAUUAAGUGUCCUAUAGAUUAUGCCAAAGAAAUGCCCAAAAAGGAUUGAUUGGUGUUAUAUGAUAGACUUCCCUUAACAUCUUCUCAUAAAUUAAGGUCCCUUGAAAGUACUACGUGCUUUUGUCUUAACAGAUCUCAGUCCUGUAGUCCCAGAGCAAUGAAAAGGUCACGCAAGACGUCUGAGUAUUCAAUCAGUUCUUUUAUAAUCACAUCAACCCAAUUUCGUUAUACUUUUUCCAUGAUGUUGAGUCAAAUCUAUUGACUAUAUUGCCUUUGGUAUUGACCAUAACAUCUAAGAAUCAAACCUCAAUUAUGAGAAGCAGAGGAAGAUUUACUCUGCUACUAAGGCGUCCCUAAAUUUAACCAGUGAACAUAACGAAUAAAUUGCAAACCCAAAAAAUGGAUCCUGAAAAGGGCGUCUUCAAUUUAUUGCUUCCAUUUCUUUUACUCAGAGUUUGCACUUCCACUGACACCAUAACUCCAAACCAAUCCAUCAAAGAUGGGGAUCUUUUGGUGUCAAAUGGGGAGACCUUCGCACUGGGGUUUUUCAGCCCAGAAAAUUCUAAUCGUCGAUAUGUCGGAAUAUGGUACAACAAGAUCUCAGAGCAAACUGUUGUUUGGGUGGCCAAUAGAGAGAAACCAAUCAAUGGUCCCUCUGGAGUAUUGUUCCUCAACCAGGAUGGGAACCUUGCCAUCUACGACAAUAGCCAAAACAUUACACACUGGGACACAAAUCUUUCAGUAGCAGAAACAGGCACAAAUACAAGUACGUUUUAUUCAGCUCGGCUCAUGGAUUCGGGAAAUUUUGUUUUGUUCCAAGGUGAUACUGUAAGUGACGUUGUCUGGCAAAGUUUUGAUCAUCCUACGAAUACCAUGCUACCACACAUGAAGCUUGGGCUAGACCUGAGGACCGGUCUUGACCGGAUCCUCACGUCUUGGAAGUCAAGAGAUGACCCGGGUGUUGGACAAUACUCCUACAGGGUGGAACCAAGUGGGUCACCCCAAUUAGUGCUUUACAACGGCUCAGUGCGAGUGUGGCGAAGCACACCCGUAUGGAUCGAGAAUGAAAUGAGUGGUAGUCCCAAUACGACGUACUGGUUCUUAUUCAACGCUAGUUACAUUGACAAUCAAGAUGAAGUAUCUACAGUGUAUACCCUAAUCAACAACUCAAUUGCGUCUACAAAGUUUGUGGAUGAAUCUGGGUCCAUACAAAUGGUUUCGUGGCUCGGUAGAUGGGUGCGGUUCUACUCAGUCCCCGAGGACCAGUGUGACAAUUACAGAAGGUGUGGCGUUUAUGGUGAUUGCGACUCAAACAAUGGGCGUGAGUUUGAGUGCACAUGCCUUCCAGGGUACGAGCCUAGAUCAACAGACGAGUGGUACUUGCAGGAUGCGUCGGGUGGGUGCGUGAAGAAGCGCCAGGCACUAGCCAUGUGCGGGAAUGGAGACGGGUUUGUGAAGAUUGCAAAAGCAAAGAUGCCAGAUACAUCCAAGGCACUUGUGUGGAAGAACUUGAGCAUGCAGGAGUGCAAGGAGAAGUGCCUGAGAAACUGUUCUUGCACAGCAUACGUAGUUGGAGGGAGGGGCAUCUGCAUCACAUGGUAUGGAAAUUUGAUGGAUGUAAGAAGGUUCCCUGAUGGAGGACAAGAUUUAUACGUACGGGUUGACGCAAUUGAAUUAGCUCAAUACUUGAAGAAAUCCAGAAGUCUUAACGGAAAGAAGGUGGCCAUAUUGGUGGCAUCUGUUGUCUUGACGUCAUUCUUGAUUAUCUCCUUUGUCUGUUGGUUGGUGAUGAAGAAGAGAAGAAAAUAUGGAGGAUUCGAUAAUCAAGACAAUGACCAAGAAAACAUAGAAUUAACCAUCUUUGAAAUAGACUCCAUUGCAAGGGCAACGAACAACUUUUCUGAUACAUAUAAAAUUGGAGAAGGUGGUUUUGGAUCCGUGUACAAGGGUCAGCUAUCAAUUGGAAAAGAGUCUAAAGACAUAGCUGUCAAGCGGCUCUCAAAAAAUUCCACACAAGGUCUAAAAGAAUUCAAAAAUGAGGUUAUCUUGAUUGCCAAACUUCAACAUCGUAAUCUAGUUAGGCUUUUGGGAUGUUGCAUCCACGGAGAGGAAAGAAUCUUAGUUUACGAGUACAUGCCUAAUGGAAGCUUGGAUUCCUCCAUUUUUGGUUUGCCCUCUCAACUUUCCACUUUUGCUUGCCUUCAUAAUUUAUAUUUGACAAAUACAAGUAGAGUAGGUAUGAUCAAAGUUGUUCUCAGAAUUAUGUUUCACCAAGCAGGUCUAGAGAGAGCACAAAAUAAAUUGCUCACAUGGAGGAUGCGCUUGGAUAUCAUUAUGGGAAUUGCUCGAGGGGUUCUUUAUCUUCACCAAGAUUCAAGAUUGAGAAUCAUUCAUAGGGAUCUUAAAGCUAGCAAUAUACUACUUGACAGUGAGAUGAAUCCUAAGAUUUCAGAUUUUGGUCUGGCUAGGGCUUUUGAAGGUGAUCACUGUUCGGAAAAAACAAAAAGGGUGAUUGGAACUUACGGUUACAUGUCACCAGAAUACGCAAUUGAUGGCCUAUUUUCAACAAAAUCAGAUGUUUUUAGCUUCGGAGUCAUAGUUUUAGAAAUAAUUAGUGGGAAAAAGAACAGACAAUUCCAACAUCCAGACCACGAUCUUAACCUUCUUGGACAUGCAUGGAACCUUUGGACUAAAGGAAAGGCUUCUGAACUAUUAGAUUCGCUGAUGGAGCACUCAUCUCCAAUGUCAAACGUUUUAAGGUGCAUACAGAUUGGUCUCCUCUGUGUGCAGAAAUGCCCAGAAGAUAGGCCAAGUAUGUCAUCUGUGGUCUUAAUGUUCGUUUCUGAGAGUGUAAUGUUGCCCCAGCCCCAGCAACCUGGAUUUCAUACAGAAAGGAGUUCCAAAGAGACACAUGAUCGUUCCCCAGCACAAACCCAAAGUUCUUCUAGCAUCAAUGAAGUGACCAUGACACAGCUAGAGGCUAGAUGAAAUGUCUUUCCAUGAGAAAGGAUAUGUAAGCCCAAACUGACGAAUGUGUUCAGCUGAGAUUGGCCAGUGUUAUGGUUGAUGGACCAUAUUACCUAUACUUGUAGCAACAGAGGUAGGGGCCUAGAAAUCAUGCUAUACGCCCACAAUGCAAAUGUCUUCCCCUGUGUUACAAGCACCGAUGAGGCAUUUUUUCACCAGAGUUACCUUUUGGUAAAAGUGAUGUUGAGCUAGAAUGCUUAUGCAUCCAUUUUCCUGCAUUUAUUCAAGUUGUGCUAACAUGUGUAAGUCGGCAAUAUAUUCACGACCCUCAUAACUUUACAAUUUGCAUGGUAUU